AGUUUCUUUCACUGGCGAAAGACUACCUUACAAAAAAAUUGUUUUUAAAGAUUUUAGCUUGAGAAGUCAGCAAAUUUUUGAAUUGCCGUCGUUUCAUGUAGAUAAUUUACAGCUUAUUGUAGUGACCAAGGAAAAAAAACUACUUUUGUAGUUGGUGAGACUUUUUAGAGAUGAACAAUUGGAACUAUGCGGGAGCUGGAUUUUGGAGUAUUUUCUUCAUCAUCGGGAUUGAAACAGGGGUGGCGUUCAACUACUUUGAUGAGCCAAACAUCAGCUCGGAUACCAGUGUUCGGAGUUUCAAUGAGAGGUGCAGCGAGCUUUUACUUGAUUUCUUCACGGAAUACUACUCGACUCUCCUCGAGGACCACAGCAUCGACCACACUUUAAAAGCGAACAACUCCUCCAGGAACAACCCCUCCAGGAACAACUCCUCCAGGAACAACUCAACCCGGACCGAAUCCAACCCUGCCAACCGCGCCCGCGAGCUUAUGUCGGAGCUAUUUCUCUCCUUGGACCCGCCUCUGGCAUCCAUCGCUCUCCAGUACUUGGACAGGAACGACUCCAAAAUGGCGGAAAAAGAGCAUAACUUGAGCUGGAUCGUCCACGAGGCCGUGGCCAAGAUCCUGAGCGACCGGAACGCGAGCAGCGCGAGACGGACUUUGGACGAGGUGCUGCGGACGAAGCGGGAGACGCAUCUCGUCUGGGGCUACCUCCUCGACGUCCUGGAGGAGGCCGCCGCGGAGCUGCAGAGGAGCGUCGACGCCGAGCUGAACCAGGAGCUGCUCAGGAGCCUGGAACAACGAUUCAGGAGACAGACCGGCUCCUUCGCCCUCAACGCCACCGGGCGCAUCACGACUCCUGAACCAGACUCUCUCCUUCAGCGGCUGGAGCCGAUCCCGCAACGACUUCAGCAGAUUCUAUUGAGUCAAGGAUUCGACGCUCGAUCGAGUAUCGCAGACAUGGUGAGCUUCGUCGUGCAGAUCUUCCAAUCGUUCGCCGAUCGACUGAGGUCGGAGAUACCUGCGGCGGGGAUCAGCCGCCUCCACGGAGACAAUAAACUCUUCGACCGUCUCCUCCCGAACCUAGCCGUCCUUGCAGCGUCUCCACGUCAGAACGAGCGCAACACUCCACAGACCUCCGCGAACGAAAUCCAACGACUCGUCUCCAAGGGCAAGACGGACGAACUGAGCGUCAUCUGGGACGCGGUACUCAACUCUAGCAACGAUUCCAGGGUUUUGAAACGCGUGAAGAGAGUAGGCACCCCUCAAAAAACCGGUGAAAAUUCCGUGGUUCCUCCCUCUGUUAAAACGAACAUGAUAGAUGAUACAAAGGUUGCGAAGAAUAUCUCGAGGAGACAAAUCCCUUUGGUCUUCAAGCCUGUUCCCAUCAUCAGCACGAUAACCGUAACCAGCGCCCCCUCGCGGAGCGUUUCCGAAACUCCGGUCGAGAAGCUGCAAGUGGACGCAAAUCAGAGCAGAGGCAUCGCUUCGCCAUCCCGAGUGGACGUCUUGGAGGUACAAGGGAAACCGAUGGGUAAUGUUAGCGUCACUUCUUCGCCUCAAGGGACGAGUGUCUCGUCGAAUCAGACUGUCAAACCGGUUGUGGAGACGUCAGUGCCGAAGGUAAAGAGCGAUCCGGUUCGAGCCUCCGCCGCGACGAUUCCCAACGAUCUGGUCAGGAAGACGGAGGACAACCAAGCGAGCACAGGACUGCCUGGGAGCACCCUAGGGACGCCGACGGAUGUCCAAGGAGGCUCGGUUUCGGGGGCCAACACGAGCGUGAGCGACUCUCCGAAAACAUCGACGACGUCCGCGGUGACAAAUCCUCCGGCAAAAUCUGAGCUCCCCCAACAGACAAGCACGACAGUGUUGGCGAAAGCGGAGCCAUCGAACGCAGCAAAAUCACUUGUUUCAAACCACCCUGUUGAACCUUCGAAUGCGCCUGCUCUGAAAAUCACGAAGCCGGAAAUCAACGGCCCGCCAAAAUCCCAAGUUGCCACGAACGCGGUAAGUGACCCGGUCAAGGCAUUAGUCCCGGUGAGCCAACUUCCGGUCGUGAAUCCACCCGCAAAACCAGUUUUCAUUCCCGCUAUCCCUCCGACAAACAUUUCCACUCAGCCCGUAAGCACUUCCUCCAAUGAGCUACUGAAGUCUGUUGCUUUGCUAAAUACGUCAGUGCAACCGGUGAGCAUCAAUGAUCCAGUGAACGACUCUACCAAGGCAGUCAACAGCUCUGUGGCAGCCAAAUCUGCUGUCAAUCUCAGUUCAACCGAUGCCGCUGUGAUGAAGUCUCCCACCGAAACCCAGAACACCGGAACCGGAAACCAAACCACCGGAACCGGAAACCAAACCACCGGAACCGGAAACCAAACCGUCGGAACCGGAAACCAAACCGCCGGAACCGGAAACCAAACCGCCGGAACUCAACCUAGCUCGAUUGGGACGUCCUCUCAAACCGUCCCACCGAGCAUUGCGAUUCAGUAUCUGAACAGCGGCGUGAGUUCGGAGACGAAGACUUUACCAGGUGUCGUCGUCGGCAACGUGCCACCGGUGCCCGGCAAUGGAUCCAGCGCUAUCGUCAACGUUUCGACGUUAGCCCUCACCAAUGUGACCGGUUUCAUGAAGGAGAUCCCAGACCAAGCAGCUGAGCAGGCCCCUCGAAUGUCCAAACUUUCCGAUGCAAAUAUUUUGGAGCACAACGACUAUUUCAACCGUGAUUCCAUCAAAUUUGCAGGAGACAUACGAAGUGGAGGUAUUCAACAGUAUGCUGGAUUCGUGGUAGUUUUGGUGGUACUGAGUCUCAUCGUUAUCGGCAGUGUCCUAUUUUGGAAAUUUUCAACUGAGACUGGAGCUAGUGGUGGCGAGAACACAACUACCCGUGAAAACCUAAAUUCAAUGAACAACUACUGCUAUCUGACCAACAAUAGCAACAAUUGCGCUCGAACCACAGGAAGGACACCGGACAGAGUAAACUUGGACGAUGAACGGAGUGCAAGAUCACAAUUAAUCGAGCUUACGCAGCUUAGGAAAUCAGAGGUUUCUGUUUGACCCCUGCAAUGCUUUGACGACCUGAACCCUUCGACUCCCUAAGAUCUGGACUUAAUGGCAACAGAGUAUAAGUGGAAGAACAAUUACUGCUGAAGAGUUUGACCAUUGAGCUGAAAUCUGUUUUGAGCACAAUAGGAUACUAACUUUGCGCUUUGAUGUCAAAGCCUUUAAUUCAUGAUUUUGAGAAAAACUUAUCAUUUUGAUAUUGAAAAAAUUGCAUUCAUGUUACUAGUAGUAACUUUAAUUAUCUAAGAAAUUUGACUAAAACAUGUAGGCAUACUUUGUAAUAAUUUUUGUUAAAUAAAAAUUUCUUUUACUGCCUUUGCUAUAAAA